AGCUUGUCCCGCGAGUCGAGAGCUCGUAAAUACCUGAUCGAUUGUAAGGCCCUCUGCCGUGCGACUGACCAACACAUCCGCUCCAUAGUGCAUCGCAGUGGACUGACGCUAAAUUUUCAUCAAAUUUGGAGUUUCUCUCGUCAGAUACAGUUAAAUUUGAGUGAGUUAACUCGGUCUCCAUUUUAUUGAAAAGUGACAAAUCCGGGAAUCAUAUUUACUUUUAUAAUGUACUUUAAGACGAGUGAAAGAAAUCUACUUUUUUUAAACUGAGUUAAAUAUUAAGUCAGCGCAUAAGUGACAUACGAAACGAUUUUAGGAUCGUAAAUGUAUUAAGUGCUUUGAAUUAUUUCCGCUGGUUUCCUUGUGUUGAAAUUAGAUGAAUUAAUUUUAGCACGAAGAAUAUAGAACAGAAAUAGUUUGUUAUUAAUUUUUGGACGUUAAUCGGUGUAGUGGGUGGCAUUACGCAGUUGACAAACGUUAUUUUAGUGCGUAUAUGUAUCCUAUAAGUGACAAAUUGAAGAAAAAAUUACGUAAAUCAGUAUUUUAAGUUUAAACUGAUGACUGAAGUUGAAACUGAUAAUUUAAAAAGUGAACGCCAUAAUUAGAUUUCAUGUAUGUUUAUUAAUUUUAAAAUAAUUUUAUAUAUACAAAAAUAAAAAUCAUAAAAGUAUAGUUUGAACGUGGUGUAACAUAGACAAAAGUGUGAUGGUAUAUACUCCUUGCCUACUAACUCACACUUUCCCGCGUUGUGAUGGUUAAGCAUUCACGCAGAAAGUGAACAUCGAUUUCAGACUCCAUAUCACUUCAAAAUAAUGAAGUUAAACAACGCACGUUGGAGAGUCAAGGGCGGGGUUCAGUGAAACGGACGGCUAACAAGUGGUUUCUCCUGUGACUAGCCAACCAAAAGAUUAGCUCGGAAGAGAAAGGUACAGAAAGAGACUGACGUCUAAAUUCUAUUGAAGAACUGGAAAAUGUAUCAUAAUCUCAUAUUAAGUAUCGUAUAUGUGAAGCGUUAUCCUUGUUACAAACGUAAAUAUUGGACAUCAACUUUCGUCGAGGUGUGUUACGUGUUAUAAAAAUAUAAUUACAGAAGAUAAAUAUAUAAUUGCUGAAUAAUUUUCGUGGCUAUAAAUAACAACUAACAUUGUACUUGUUGUCAUUGUAUUCAAUCGUACUUUAAUCCGGUAGGACUUCUUAUGAACUUGAAAGUUACAGUGUUUUGAACUAUAAAUUGGACUCUAAGCGAAUUGCAUUUCUCCGGAAGGGUAACGUGUUUCAUUCAACGGCCCAUAUAACUAAAUUAUAUCUCUUAAUUAACUUGUUUGCUUUGUUGUGUAUUGACAAAGUUGCAAUGUAUUCGGAAAACAAAGGGCAAGACAAUGAUUUCUGAGAUAAAUUUGAACAGGUUUUAACGAAUAUCUUCAAGGGAUGUUCUUGUAUCAAAAAUUUAUAGUGAAUUACGAAUAGUAAUAUUGCAAUAUUUGCAGCAGAACUGUGAAGAAAAUAUAUAAGAGUUUGUGACGACUAAUUUUUUUUUUCAAAUAAUAGUAAAAUAAUUUAUAGUUGUGAAUACUGUAUUAUUAUAACAGAAUAGUAAAUUAGGAAUUAAAAUAAGCAUUAGUCCAGUUUGACCCCGAUAUAUACCAGAAACGUUUACACACAAAUUGUUAGUUUUUUAACACGUAACAUGCAAAGUUACGUGUUGAAGAUUGGCCGUUCUUUAAGAAGACCUUCCCAUUUAUGAUGCAUAUCUCGGAAUGUACUAACAUCAGUUUACUGUGGUAUAUAUUUUAAAUAUGUAUGAAGUAAAAUUUGAAAAGUUAACAAGCACGUGCGAAAUUAGAACAGAACAUUAAUUUGAUAAAGAUGUCACAAGUAAACAAUUUUUUUACAAUUUAACAUCUGUUAUUUAGGCUAUAUACUGUGAUUUAAUCGUAGGCCUACAGCUGGUGGUUAUUUAUAAAUAAUUUCUUAUUAAUUUUUGAAAGUUAUUUUAUAUUUGUUAUUGAUGUACGUAGAAUAUAAACAAUUUAAAGAAUGUUUUGUUAUUGAUGUUACGUAUGAGUUCUAAGUAAUCUUCUGAAGGACGAACAAAAUUAUUUAAAAUAAAAUAUACUACCGUGUAUAUAAAUAUGUCUAUUAAUAUAAAAAGACCAGCUUUAGGUUUCUUAAAUUCUGUAGAAGAAAUAGUGAAAUCUCUGUCAAACUUUAAAUAUACGUGAUUUGUGUUGAAUGCGUUUGAAUCUAGUUUCCGUCAUUAAAAAUGUAAGACGUUCGACACCAUGAAAUUGUCAUACGUUUUCGAGUGUGUAAUGAAUAACCUUUUAACAAGAAACUUACGUAUUAGGAAAAAGUAACUAUAACUCAAAUAUAUUAAACUACUCGUGAGUUAUUGCUUCGUCAUAUGUAUUUAUGGCUGUAAGGAAUUGAAUUAUGACUUAGAGGGCAUUUGAAACUAGUUCCGUAGACUUUAAUAUUUGAAAAUGCAGAAGCUAGUAACUGCAAAUAUUAAGAGUAUGUGAAUUUCAAAACUGUUCUUAAGUAAAAACUUAGUUUCCAUUAAUUGACAGUUUAAUUUACGUUGUUGAUAUGUAGAAAUACUUUGCCAAUAUAAAUAUAUAUCUUAGCAACAAAUCCCAACAGAAGAAUUUAGUGUGUUUUAAAUUAAAUCUCUAUUAGUGAACUAUUUUGUAAAACUACGAUGUUUCAUAAUCGAAGAAAAUAAUUUUACGCAAGAUCAAAUGCGUUUAUUUACUUGUCUGUGCCCUUAUGACAUUGAUGUUGAUUACUAAACUCCAAAACAUAAAUUUUGUAAAUCCACAAUAAUAUAUUUUUACCCCUGUGACUGGAAUAAAAAAUGCAUCGGUUUUAUUUUGCGAUGUUGGUGUGUAAAAUUAAAGGUGACCUUGAAAAUCUAUAUAUGAGAACGAAAUACAUGUUGGGGGCUUUAUUUACGUAACAAACGUAUGUACGUCCAUGUAUUCUGUACGCUGAGCAGUGCCCGUGGAACUGAGGGGGGGACGAAGGAACGCGUACUUCCGACUUUCACCCAGGCAAGAAUGAAGUUUGUGAUUAGUCGUGUUUUAACGUGUGUUGAAUCGAGACCCAUCCACUUCAAGUGACUCGCAGAGGAAGACGCCCUGUGUCCUCGUACAGCGUUUAUUUGUGGCUUCAGAACCUGUGUCCGAAAGUUCCCGGUCAGUACAAGUCAUUGGCUUACUUCAAACCGUAAAGGACCUCACGAGGCGUAGGACCGUUCACUGGGUACAGAUCUACUUUGCACUGCGAAAGGUUAGCAGCGCCGCCGUUGGUGUCUCCUAGAUUCAGUUCGCGCCACGAAGAGGCCCUGAGAUAUUUUCCCGGAAUUUGCCUAUCCUAACAGACAAACCUCAAGUCAUCACACCCGGUCUGAGAGCCGAGGUUUGAAGCUGGUACCCACCGUAUGCAGUAGUGAUCUGUUAUGAUGUAUAUGGGCCCGCCAUGGAUCUGUUAAACGUCAUACAGCCAUCGAAAAACGCAAGAAAGCGGGCAGAUCUACAGGGUCAUUUGACUGUGAAGCCGCCAUCUGGGCCCGUAAAGCUGACGAUUGCCGAGGCACCGAUCGACAAUGGCGUGUUUGUGCAGCCAGAGGACACGUUCUCGUCCCGCUAUGCUGAUGAUCCGCUUACAGCUCUCGCCAGCAACUCGCCGACCACGGUCUUGCCAUCUUAUUUCGAUGAUGUUAUCGUGGGUCGUAUCACGUGCAAUAACACGGCCGACGGAACACCAUUCUCGUCCUUCCUGGACUGUUACAACGAUUCGUAUUUUGGGGCGAUGUUCAACAACGGCACCGGCACCAGUAAUGCCACCGGAGGACCAGCAAGAGACGAACCACUCACUGACGUCAUCCUCAUGGGUGUGACGUCACUCAUCCUCGGCCUCAUGAUCCUCAUCACUGUUAUCGGGAACGUGUUUGUGAUCGCAGCCAUCCUGCUGGAACGCAACCUGCAGAACGUGGCCAACUACCUGAUAGUCUCACUAGCGGUGGCAGAUCUCAUGGUGGCGUGUCUCGUCAUGCCUCUUGGUGCUGUGUACGAGAUCAGCAAAGGAUGGAUUCUGGGUCCUGAGCUAUGUGACAUGUGGACUUCCAGUGACGUGCUGUGUUGCACUGCUUCGAUCCUCCAUCUCGUAGCUAUCGCCGUCGAUAGGUACUGGGCCGUCACGAACGUGGAUUACAUCCACACCCGGAACGGCACCCGGAUCGGCGUUAUGAUUGUGGUGGUGUGGUCUGUGGCACUGGUUGUCUCUCUUGCACCACAGUUCGGCUGGAAAGACCCGGAUUACCUAGACCGUAUAAACCUUCAACAGCGCUGCCUCGUGAGUCAGGACGUGGCCUAUCAGAUAUUCGCCACCUGCUCCACGUUCUACGUCCCUCUACUCGUGAUCCUCGUGCUAUACUGGAAGAUAUUCCAGACGGCAAGAAAGCGGAUACACAGACGACGUCAGCAAAGAACGACGGUAGGUGGGAAUGUCGCAUCUGGUGGCGGGACCACUAACAAGUCUUCUAACAAGAACCCUCCACCACCGACAGCAAACGUAUGCACUAGUAGGUUUAUAACUAGAAAGAGAUUCAAAAGAAUCAAAUCAAACAAGUCUUCUGCCGCAGAAGCGUUAGUAUCUUCGUUAAUACUUGUCGAAGGACAUUCCACGGCAUCUGUGGACGUUACCGGCGAGGAAGACGGUGACACAGUCGACCAGAGUCAGAAGAACUCUGAUACAAGCGGAGCGUCUGGAGCCGAGGGCUGUAGUGAUGCAGGAAACUUGAAGGACGCUCAUAGUGUUACUAGCGUUGCUGUUGUGGACGGUGCUAAGGUAGUCACAACGGCUUUUACUAUUUGUAAGAGUAUAGACGAAUCUAGCGGUGCAGUUAGUAGUGGGGACGGUGUCGGCCCCUUGACAGCCACUCCUAAUAACGUUUCGCCUGAAAAGUCUUCUGCAGCGACGACGACCAACAACGGAUCUGCGAGUCAUCAGAGCCACGUCAGUGACGUAAGUCGCGCUGAGAUUCUGCAGAGGGAGUCUUCGAACGUGACCGCUGGGGGUGGGAACGCGAAGGAGAAACUGUUGAUGACGAACAAUCAGAGACGUGACAAGAAGGAAAGUCUUGAGGCGAAGAGGGAGAGGAAGGCUGCCAAAACUUUGGCUAUCAUUACAGGAGCCUUCGUCGUGUGUUGGUUACCGUUCUUUAUAAUGGCUCUCCUAAUGCCUCUGUGUGACGCUUGUUAUAUCAAUGACUACAUGCAGAGUUUCUUCUUGUGGUUAGGAUAUUUCAACUCCACGUUAAAUCCUGUGAUUUACACAAUUUUCAGUCCUGAAUUUCGUCAGGCUUUUAAACGAAUUCUUUGUGGGAGUGGCAGAAGAUCGGCAUCAAGAAUCUUCAGACUGGGAAAACUUAGGUAGAAACUAGAAAUCCCUUGAAAAUAACAAAAAUUUUUAAGGCCUACUGACGAUUAUUUACACGUUAUAAAUAUUAAAGUAUGGAAGUUGCUGUGUGGAACAAUUUUUUUUUUGUUUAUUUUGGAGCAAGUGGGCAAUGACAACGAAGCCUGAUAUCUCAUGUUAAUAUGUAUAAAUUAAAGUUUGUUGUCAAGACUUUGUAUUUCCCAGAUAGUUGAUAGCUGUUAUUUUAAAUAUACCGAAGUAAAUGUUACAUUAGAUUUAAUAGACAGAAGAGAAUUAAACUACCACGUCUUUCUUAGUAGUCGCGUAUACAUAUGGGAAUCGUUGGGUUACGCUCCAAUGUUCAUAGGUUGCCAUUUCGUAUUUAAAGUUGGAUAGUAAAUUUUAAACAAGUAGUAAUUAGUAAAAAAAUCGAUAUGUUUAUUGUCGCGCAGUUAUAAAUUGUAGGCUAAGAGAUUAAUUUAUAAACGUACUUGUGAAACAUAAUUAAUUAUUAAUAUUCUAAUGGUCUGUUGUAAAGACUAUUCCUAAUUUCGGUGAAACGGGCAACAACUCUUAAAAUGUAAAUAAUACGAAAGGGCUGUACCCGAAAUGUCGCUGUUACAGGCUACAUGAAUCUACAAGGUGCUUCGAUGUUGUUUAUUACGUAUAUCUCGUGUUUGUGGACAGAAAGUAGGGUAAAAUAUAACGUGUAGAUUAGGUUAACGCUGUGAUAACUUUAGUUACCGCAACUUCCCAUGAUCCUUGUAGUUAGACGAGCUAAGAAUUUCUGGUACAGCCUUUGUUUUUAUAAUCUGUGACGUAUGUAAAUUAGCGAUAAAUCAGAUUCGUAGCUUCAUUUUAUUUGUAACCAAAGUUUAUCUUAUGUCAGGAGCCUUUAGUCUCAAGGGAAUUCGUGUUUACUGAGCUGUAUUAGGGUCUACUUUGAAGAGCUUUUCAUUCUUAACGUUGCUACUCUGAUAGCCUUUUUGUAUAGGAAAUGAAUUGUGACAUAUUAAUUGUUCUCCGGUGCUAUGUACGUUAUAAUGUUUUGCAUACAUGAAUUGUUUAUUGCUGGCAGUACGUGUACUUCCAACAUAUAAUACUAUAAUAAUAAUAAUAAUAAUAAAUCUUUGUAUAAUUAUAUUAAUAAUCCUUGGCUUAUGUGCAUGUAUAUACGUAAUGCAUUCUUUGGGAAUGUUAUCAAAAGAAUUUAAUCAAACACCGCACCCAGGUUACUUUUUUUUUCCAUAAUUCGUACAAAAUAUAUUGGCCUACGCAAAGUUAAUCGCCAGAUUCCUGUAUUUUAUAAAUUAAACAAGUAUUAAUAUAAUCUACCAUCACAGUUGCAAUAUUGAGACACGUAUAAUGCGUCAACAUCUUUGCUUUCCGGUAAAUACUUGUGCUCAUAUUUCGUGUUGACAUCAUAUCUUCUCAUAAAAUUAUUUUAAUGACUGUACAAAACGUUAAAUGAGAGUAAUUUAGUACGAAGGUAAAAAAAAUGUGGGACUUUUAUGUGAUCUCUGAAAUCAUUUCUAUACGUUCUACGUUGAAAUAGAUCACGUAAACGCAACCAUAUCAGUAUACAGUGUUUAUAACGGCAUAGCCCUCUGUUGUUAACUCUGUAAUAGAGACGGUUCAUAUUAUAAUAUUACUCUGCACAAUUGUACUUUUAAUGUACGUGGGCAUUCAUUACUGAAGGUGGCAACUGGCAUCUGGAAGCUAAUAAUAUCUACAAAUGUCAAACCAAAUAAUUUCCGCGGUGAUGAGAGUUCACGUAUUUUAGGUGCAAUUGAACGCGGGAUAUAUAUAGCAUGCACGUAAAUAAACUGCGUUCAUAGAUGUAAUUUCUGCAAUCAAUCGUUUAUAAUUACGUGUUUACAUAUUUUCGAAGUCCACAUCGUUUUAUAAUCUUUAUUAAAAAAAAUACUUAAUCCUGUGCGUCUGUUAGAUGAUAACAAACCACGGUUUUAUAUUAACAGCAACUUCCAACAGAGAAUUAUUUAUAAGUAAUUUAAUGCUUAUUGUAAUUAAUAUUUUCAACAUUUUUAAAGAAAGUAAUUAAUCCUGAAUUAUUCAACUUUAAUGAAUUAAUAAUACUUUAUUUUAAAAGGAAAAUUUUACGAAAAGCACACGCCCACUAAAUUCUAACACAUUGAACAGAAAUAAUUUGACCAUUAAUAUUUCCUUCAAUAUUUAUAUUUGAUAUUCCAAUGUGAAACGUAUUUUUUAAAACUGAGUCAUCAUAAAAGCAGUUUAGAUGCGUUUGUAUGUUCGUUUGACCCUAGAUGUUGAAGCAUGAAAGGUUAACUCUGAACGUCAGUUUCGUCUACAUUUUACUGUUACUGACGGCAAUAUAAAUGUUACUCUCGACUCAGUCAUUUACGUCUGCAGCAAGCCAGGACGCACUGCGACGCCUUGUAGCCAAAGCCGUGGCUACACGAACGGGAAAUGACAAAUUCUUACGAUGUUAAAAUAUUGCGUAUCAUAAAAAAUGAAUUUGUGAAAUAUCGUGAUACAAAAAUAUCAACAAAUUCUUAAACAAAUAUUAAGAACAUAAUCACUUAAUCUGGGCGGGUUUAUGAUAAUUGAAGUUGAGAUUUAAUAUCGGAAGAAAAGAGAAAAUUUGUCAAAAGUGUUUCAGUUCUUGGUAUUUAACAGAACGUGGAGUUGAAAUAAUCCAAAAAAAAAACCUCUAUUCUGUUUUUCAAGUGGUUUCAAGUGACAAGGAACAACAUGGUGUAGUUUGAGAGAUUCAAGUGACGUUAUUUUAUUUUAAUAACUUUUAAAUCGUAUCAUACAUCAGUAAGCGUAAUAAAGCAGUCUCCAACGUGCUUUAUCAAUUCAAGAAUUUCUGUGUAAUUUAAUAAUUAAAUAUGCAGUGAAAGUUGUGAAGAAAAAUGUACCCUCUACUCGUGUAUUAAUUAUGCAAAGCAAAUUGUGUAAUGAGUAUGUCUAGAAGAAGACUUUGCAAUCAAGGAAGUGUUUAUUAAUGUAAAAUACUAAAGUUUUUGUGUUUGUGAAAAUCCAUGCCCAGAUGGAUCAAAUGAGUACUUUUAGUCUGUAUAUCAUGCCGUUGUGCGUGUUUCAUAAUAUUAUCGCAGUUAUAUUCUGCUACAUCUGUGUUAUUUCAUGAAUGCAAAUUUUUGCCAACAACGUUGUUGUUACGUAUCCAUAUACAAGUGUAAAUACAAUAAAAUAACAACAAUAUGAAA